GCCAAUUAAAAAUACAAUAAAUACACAUUAAAAACAGACUAAAAAUUUAUAUAAAUAGUGGCCAAAAUAUUAAAAACUAAAUAAUACAAAAAACUAAAACCCCAUUUAAAAUUACUUAAUCAGGCCGCCAGUCGACAUUGUUUCACCGACGGCACCCCAAGGAGGCCCUCCCUGUGGGAGCGCACAGGUCGAUGGGAGGCUGUUUGUGGCAGUAGGUGGUCCCGUAAAUAGCCUGGUCCUAAGCCAUGGAGCGCUUUAAAGGUGGUAACCAACACCUUGAAUUGCACCCGAAAGACCACCGGAAGCCAGUGCAGCCGCAGGAGAGGUGUUAUAUGGGAGCUACGGGGUGCUCCCUCUAUCACCCGCACGGCCGCAUUCUGGACCAGUUGGAGCUUCCGGGUGCUCUUCAAGGGAAGCCCCAUGUAGAGAGCAAUAAAUCUUCUCUAGAGAUCUGUUCAGCCUGUGGGGGGGGCGGGGGAGGAGCAGAAUGGACAGGCAGCCCCUUGCUUGCCUCCUCUUUGAUAAGAAAGCUCACUGGUGGGUCACACUGGCUGAGGCAGCAGUAGUGGCCCUACCUACCUGGACCUGGCCACAUCAUCUCAUGCCCUCCUCAACGCUUGUCUAGAAGGAUGACAGUACUAUUAUUAUGUUUCAUCCUGUCAUUUUUGUAUAUAAUUCAAAGGAGAGAACAAGCCUAAUCCCGUCCCCUUUGCACCUCCAUUUUUUUCUGCAACAACAACCCUGUGAGGUGAGUUGGACUGAGAGAUAGGGACUGGCCCCAAGUCUGCCAGUUGGCUUCCAUACCUAGAACUCACUGUCCCCUGGUUUCUAGGCACAUUCACACCACGCCAAACAUGCUCAGGUGGCUGCCUUUAAAGACCACUUGGGAAUGCAUCGGGCAGGGCAUCACCCAGCAGUUGUGGGUGGGAACAGAUGACCCUCCAGGGACCCAGAGCCUUCCAGGCGCAGCUUACAGCACUCACCUUUACAGCUUGCCAACAUCCGCCCAACCUUGGUGGCUCCCCAUUUUGGGGAGUGGAGCUGGGCUGAGGCACAGAGGGGCUGCUUUCCUGGAACACAGCCAGUCCCUGCAAUGCCCACCUGCCUGCUUUUAUCCGAGUCGCCCCCUUGGCCAUUUUCCUGAAAGCCAGCAUCUUCAGGGAAUUCUUUUGGAGACUGGUUUUUGGAUUUUUAUAUCCGGUUUUUGUAUGCUUCCGGUUUUCACUUGGGCUGUGGGUGUUUGGAUGACUUUUGCAUUCCUGCAAAGCCCCCGAGUCUCCUGUGGGUGAGUGAUAGAUGGAGUCCAUCUGAGGGGGGCACUGCUGCCACGAGUGGAGGCGCCCACAGUCCCGGAUCUCUCACCCCCUCGCUCUUCUCUGCCCCUGUGACUCCCCCUCCCCUGGGCAGCUAAGGAAGGCUUUCUCCGCCUUGGGGAUUUAAAGCUGGGUGACCUAUCUUGAUGCCGCCAAGGGUGGGAAAGAGCGAGGGCAGAGUCUUCCUCGAGGCCCCCCCAGUCUGACUGCGGCGCUUCUGCCUUUCCUCCACAGGCAGAAAGGAUGCCCUCCCGGCCUGGCCUCCUGUUGCUGCUGCUGCUGGCCUUCUCGGGGCUGGCCCCGCCGGGGAGCGCCGCCUGCACACGCCUGUCCCAGUGCCGGUGCUUCGGCGGCGCCACCGUCUUCUGCUCGGGGCGAAACGUUUCGGGAGUCCCGGAGGAACUGCCCCCCGAGGCCACCCGGCUGCUCUUCGUGGGCGCCUCGCUGAGCUCCCUUCCCUGCCGCUCCUUCGCCCCGCGCGGCAACCGUAGCGGCGGCGGCGCCCUGCGCCAGCUCUCCUUCCUGGACUGCCCGCUCCGGACGCUCCCGGGCUGCGCCUUGGAGGGGCUACAGCGGCUGCGGGAGCUGGACGUGGCCCUCGCCCAGCUGGCCAGCUUCCCCCGCGGGGCCCUGCUGGGCUUGGGCCGCCUGAGCAAGCUGGCCGUCCGCUUCAGCCGGCUGGAAGCCCUGGAAGAGGGGCUCUUCGACGGCACCCCGGCGCUCCAAGCGCUGCAGCUGCAGGGCAACCGGCUGGUGGCGCUGCCCCCGCGCCUCUUCCAGCCGCUGCCCGGCCUCCAGGCUCUCUCCCUGGCUCAGAACCGGCUGGCCGAGCUGCCCGCCGAGACCUUCCAGCCGCUCCUGCGCCUGCGCCAGCUCCGGCUGAGCGACAACCUGCUGGCGCGCCUCCCGCCGCGGCUCUUCCGGUCUCUGGCGGCCCUGCGGGAGCUCUUCCUGGACGGGAACCGGCUGACCGAGCUGCCCCGGGGGCUCUUCGCGGGGCUGACCCGCCUGCGGCGGCUCCACCUGCAACACAACGCCCUGGGCCUCCUGGAGCCCCCCGGCCUCUUGGCGGGGCUGCCCAGCCUGGCUUUCCUGCAGCUGCAGGGCAACCGGCUGGCGGCGCUGCCCGCGGGGCUCUUCCGGGGGACGCCCCGCCUGGUGGAGCUCUCCCUGGCCCGCAACCGGCUCCGGGAGCUGCCCGCGGGACUCUUCGGCAAUCUCUCCGAGCUGUCAGUCCUCAGCCUCGCCCACAACCGGUUGUGCCGCGUGGCUGCCGGGACCUUCCAGGGCUUGGCCGGGCUGGGCCGGCUGCAGCUGCGGCACAACUGCCUCGCCGUCCUCCCCGGGGCGGCCUUCGCCAACCUCAGCAGCCUCGAGGCCUUGGACGUGGCCCACAACCGGCUGCAGAGCCUGCCCGAGGGGCUCUUCGACGCCAACGAGGCCCUGGUCAGCCUGGCGUUGGAGGGCAACCCCUGGCGCUGCGACUGCCGCCUGGCCCCCCUGGCCGCCUGGCUGAGCUCUCUGGACCACCCGCUCGGCGCCCGCGUCUUCUGCCGGGCCCCCGCCCCCUUGGAGGGCAGGACACUUCUGGCUGCGAGGGAGGAGCAGCUCCUUUGCCCCUGCCAGCCUAGCAGUGGCCGCUGCCGAGGGGAAGCGGCGACUCCCACGAAAGAGACAGGCGCCCUGGACCGGGUUGCUUAGAGGCUGCCGGCAUCAUUCAAGGCAGACCUUCCCAUUCCGGCAGAGGAGGGCCGGGAGGGGGACGGGGUGGGGUUGGGUUGGGGGAGAAAGAAACCCCGGCCUGGUGGUCUUGUGCUGGACAGCCGGAUACAUUCUGACAGUGCCUGCCUCUGAGCGGGGCAAAGGAAGGGCGGGGAGCUGAGGUGGGCAGGCGCGGAUCAGGCAGCGCCGAUCCCAAGUGCUGCAGGAUCCAAGGCUGGGAGCCACCAGUAAGCGCUGAAGUUGCUCGCCUGGGGGUGUGUGUGUCCCAAUCCUUGACCAGCUCCUGCUACAGAGGCAGCCUCUCUCCUCUUCCCCAGGCCCCGUUCCUCGGGGCUCCUUCAACAGAGCUGAUCGCUGGAUCCGAGGCUUUCUGUGCUGCGUCUGCCAGCCGGCCGGAUUCUCGUCCCUCAUCAUCGGUGGAGGCUGUUAGAGAAGAGCCUCGGGGUUCCUGCAACAGCACAUGCCCCACCCCUAUGUGUGCCUCAUUCCUUUUGGGACAGCUCUGAAGACCUUUACAUUUUAGCUAGGCUUGUUGUGUUUCCUCCUCCCAUUUCCAUUUCCCUCCCCCUUUCUUUCCUUUCCUUUCCCCUCCUCCUCCUCCUUGCCUUCUCCUCCCCCCUCCUCCUGUUCCAUUUACAUUUCUUUUUGCUUUUUGCAGAUUUCACACAUAUUUGUUUGUUGCUAUUAUAGUUGGUGUUAUGAUGUUUCAGGAUUUUAAUAUUUGUGUGAUUGUUGUGUACUUUUUGCAGGGGCUGAAUUAAACCCAAUCCAGUGUUUAACCCAACGAAAGUACAUGUAACAUGCUUUGUCUAAACCAAUAAAUCAUUAUAAU